AUGAAACUAAAGCCAUUCUAGAUGCAUUUCACUAAUUAUAAUUCUAUUCAAAACUCGAACAAGGGAUAUGCACCAUAACUUCUAAUUGUAGCUGAUGAGAUUUUUGAUAUGUCAAAUAAACAACUAUCUCAAUAGGUUAGACAAUCAAUCCCAAAUACUUAUAAGGAGUCUAAUCUAAUCUCAUGCAGGAAUUCAAGUAGGUCUAUGAGUCAUCAAUAGCAAAUGAAUCAGUAAUAUCACGGACUUAGACAUUAAAUUGAGUCUAAAAUUAGCGAUAAUGGCAAGAGAUAUAUUGGAAAGAAAGAGUGCUAAGAAAAUUUGAUGGAAGUUAUUGAGAGAUAGGAAAAAUUCAGGUAAAAAGAUCAAUGGAAUUAAACUGCAUAUGUAGUCCAGGCUCAUGUGUUCAACGAUUAAAUUGAAAGACAGAAUCAGAGUGUUUAUGAAUAUCUUAUCAAAGACUAGCAUGAUAUAAUCUCUUUCAGUUAUUGUGCUAAAAUUACUGAAUACUGGCUCUCAUAAAGAGUAGAGUUUCACAUUGAAAAAGGAUUAAAACUCAACUCUGAUGGUACUGCAUGUCUCAGUGGAAGGCCUAUUUCAUAUCAGAAUGUAACUGGAUUAAACACUUCAAUGAAGAAGUAAUUUAUUAAAGAAGCGAAACAAGCAGUAUUUUGUAUCACGGCUACUAAUCCAGGAUCCUUGACUGCAUCCUAAUAGUCUGGGGGUAUGAACCAAAAGUCAAGCCAGCAUGCUUAGGAAUAUCAUUACUUUAUGAGCAAUCAACCUACCUAAAUGGUUACUUUGAGGACAUUUUUUGCGAAUUAAAUUUAUAUUGGAAAAUACGACUAUCCUCAUUUUAACCCUAAUGCCCCACUAGGUACAUCACUUUUCCCAUUAGUAAAUGAAAGGUAAUACGCCUAGGAGAAUUAUCAGCAUUUUAUGGAGAAGCAUUAAAAAGAUAUAGAGCUUUAGAAAUAAAAAAAAACCAAGGAAGAAAAGGAAUAGCCAAUUGAAGAGCCAAGACCAGGCGCCAAUCAUCUAUUCUGUGCUGUUUGUAAAGAGGGCUUUAAAGACUACUACCAGCACAUAUUUUCAAGUAACCACAGGCAGAAUGGCAGAAAUGGAUAAAAUUUAUAGAUUUACCAAGAAAUAGAUAAAACUAUAAUUGAAGUUGAGUAAAUUCAAACUGAGAAGGAAAAAGAACGCGAGAAAAUAAUGCGUAAAAGUAAACUCGACAUUCUAUUGCUAAACUCGAAAGAUAUAAAUAAUCCAGAAGAUAAGUAAAAAGGAGGUUUGAUGGAAUGUGUAAUUAAUAAUGACCUCAGUUCGGGGGAAAGCAAGCUUACCUCAGCUACUGACUCAGAUUUAGUAUCUAGCUUAUAGGCAAAUUUAAAUAAUCAAAGCUAAAGAAUCUCUGCAGAGACAAAUAAUAAUUUAUCAAAGGAUCUCACUGCUGGAGCCAAUAGUAUCUAAGAUGAGCUUAAAGAAAGGCUGAUUAUUGAUAUAGAUGAUGAUGAUGAAAACUUUAUCUUUUAGGAUUAGCUUGCUGAGAUUAAUAAUCCUCCAAUAUAACCACCUGAUGCUAAUGAUAUUAUCGGACAGAGGAGAGUAUUUUGUGAUAGAGAUAACAACCGUAAUAUGAAUUCAUUAGUAAGCAUUAAUCAAGUAGAUAUCUCUUCAAUUAAUCUUAAGAAAAGGGAAAUAAAACUUUUAGAAAAAGAGUGUACUGCUAAAGGUUAGUCUAAUCAACUAACCUCAGCAGCAGUUUAAGAAUUAAGAAACUCAACAUCCUCUGUGCAGGAAAUUGACGAUCCAGGUUUGAUAGGGCAAUUGUCAUAAACCGGGUCUGGAACAAAAAGACGAAGAAAAUGA